UCAUUUUGACAUUUAGAACAAGGAAUUUCAGAAAACAAUCAAAACAGAGCAAUUUUGUUAAUAUUUCUUUGUGCUUUGUGUGUGAUUUUUUGAAAUAAAGAUGUCCAUGAGGCCUGAUGAUCAUCGAAGAAAGUGGGACCGAGCAGAAUACGAAAAACUUGCAGAAGAAAGGAAAAGAGAGGAAAAAGAAAAGGAAGAGGAAGAAGACAAGAAAAAGAAGGGCCCCCCGGUGAAGAGGGAACUACUUAAGAAACGAGAUUACAAAGUAGACCUAGAAUCAAAAUUAGGCAAAAGCAUAGUUAUUAAUAAAAACACUCCAACUUCUCAAUCAGGGGGCUACUACUGCAAUGUUUGUGAUUGUGUUGUUAAGGACUCUAUUAAUUUCCUGGACCAUAUAAAUGGCAAGAAACAUCAAAGAAAUUUAGGAAUGUCCAUGAGGAUAGAACGUAGUUCUUUAGAUGCAGUAAAAGGUAGAUUUGAAAUGAAUAAGAAAAAACUAGAAGAGAGAAAGAAAGAGUAUGACAUGGCUCAAAGAAUACAAGAACUGGCUGAAGAAGAAGAGAAACUUAGGGAAUACCGUAGAGAAAAAAGAAGAGAGAGUAAAAGAAAGUCAGAAGAAAUGUUAGAAGAACAAAAUGAACAAGCAGAUGAACUGAACAGUAUAAUGGGAUUUUCAGGAUUUGGUUCAAAGAAAAAACAUUAACUUCUAUUUCAUUCACCAAUACUAUUUAAUUCAUUAUCAACUAAGAAUAUAAAUUUAAGUAUUAACAUAAUUAUAAAAUAUAAAUAUAAAAGUAUACAAAUACUGCCACCAAAGACAAUUGGCAUUUUU